UUCAGUGGUUAGUGUUUAGUUGUAGAAUACUGUGUGGGGUUGAGUGUUUGUGCUGGACUGACUACAUACUGGUGGAAUUCUAAAUGCCAUCAUCGAUGUAAACUUAUUCUCUGGAUUUUUAUUUAGGAAUAUACCAGGAACAUAAAGUGAGGAAAUGAUUGGAAAACAUCAGACGUAAAAAGUAAAGACAGUUUCUUGUGAACUCCAUCAUCCAAGAAAAGUAUAACCGUCGUCAUCGUUUGAUUCUGCAUAACUCGCUGACUCGAGCACAUCACAAGCUGUGAUUCCAUCCCGAAGAGGGAUUCUUUCUAUCCUAAACCACCACAAACUUGCCAGAAACAAUGGAGAGAUUAUUAACUGAAACGAGGCUUGUCAACAGAAUAGCAUUGGCGCUAUUACUGACGUUUAUUUCAAGCUGCACGGGAUCGUCAAUUUUCCUAGACCAGGAGCCAAAGUUAGUGACGAACGAGGAUUAUCACACAAAAUUGAAUACAUUCAGAGGAGAAAGUCUAACAGCAAUGUCGUUAUCGGCGGACAGAAGAAAACUCAACUUGGGGGCAAAGAACAAGUUCUACAUUGUGGAUCUUUCACAGCCUUUUGGAGAACUUGCAGCCGUAACAGUAAGGACUUGGAACUCGUCCCGAUCUGAUACCAACAGUUGCCUGAUGAAGGGAAAGCAGAAUUGGCAAUGCCAGAACUUUAUCCAAGUUGUCCUCAAGAACGAUGGUGAGAACCGGUUGAUGGUGUGUGGAACCAAUGCGUGGGCACCCCAGUGUCGGUACUAUCAGCCGAACUCUCUGGAUGAUUUUCAACCUAUUUCUGGCAGCUACAGAUGCCCGUUCAGUCCGAUGCAAAGAAGUACUGCAUUGUUUGCAGAGAGUUCUUUAUAUACUGCCACCGUGACAAGUUUUACGGCGGUUGAUUCUGCAAUUAUGCGCAGCGUGACGGGACCACAGAUUCGGACCAAAGUAGUUGAUACAAAAUGGCUGAAAGUUCCCGAGUUUAUCAAUUCCUUUGAGGUUGGUGACUGGGUCAUGUUCUUCUUCCGUGAGAUUGCUGUGGAGCAUGUCAACUCUGGCGAGGCCAUCUAUUCUCGUGUAGCCAAGGUGUGCAAGAGCGACCAAGGUGGAGACUGGGUUGCGGAUGGAACCUUCACGACCUUCCAGAAGGCUCGGCUUAACUGCUCCUUUCCUGGAGCAUUCCCAUUCUACUUUAACUACCUACAGGAUGUUAGCAUGGUAGGGGAAGGCGAAAACAUUACAUUCUAUGGAGUCUUCACAACUGGAGACCACGAGAUUCCCGGUUCAGCAGUUUGUGCGUUCAGCUUGAAAACAAUAUCGGCCAUCUUCAAUGACGGACAGUUCAAAGAACAGCAGAUGGGUGCAUGGUACCCGGUACCUGAAGAUGAUGUACCUAAACAAAGACCAGGAAAUUGCUCUCAAGAUUCAACGAGACAACAGGACGCAACGCUCAAUUUCAUUCUGGAGCAUCCCCUCAUGCACCAGUCGGUUCCAAACAAGGGCAAUGAUUGGCCGCGCUUCGACAUGACCAGAUCGGAUAACCGAUUGGUCCAGCUAGUCGUCCAUCAACAGGUCGGAGAACAUGGCAAAACUUACGAUGUCAUGUUCCUGGGAACUGACGAUGGGCGAGUCUUGAAGACGGUCAUCGUGAAGGGUGCUGAUGGUAUAUACCAUUCCAACCUGCUGGAGGAGAUCUUUGUGUCUCCGAGAGAAAAUACUGAGGGCGUGGUCAAUAUGGAGAUCAUCCGCAACGACGAGGGCAAGGAAGUCAUCUUGGUCAAUACCAACAGUACGGUGGUGGAGCUACCAUUACAGAGAUGUAGUAACUUAACCAAAUGUGCGUGUGUCCAGGAUCCCUACUGUGUCUUGAAUAAUCUGAGCGAGAUGUGUGUUCCAUUCGAUGGCAGCAACAGCUAUGAUACGCAAGACGUGGACAAUAUUAAAGACUGUCCAAAAGAAGUUAUUGUCGCAACAACAGCUAUUUCUUGUACAGGUAAAGGAAUCCUGAACCACUGCGGAGGCAAGGAUUGCGACACUGAUGGCGACUUAGGUGAUAAUGACAAAAGUGAUAAUCUGGCAACCACCAUACUCCCAACCUCCUCGGCCGUUCCACCCAACGGAGCGACGACGUCGUGGCCGACGCGGCCUAAUUCAACAACCGCAAAGAAAGGUACGACACCAGAAACCACUGAGGGUUACUCAACGCCGUCCCCCAGUCCGCGGCUGGUCGUAACGACUAUAAGCAACGAAAUCCUACCAGGCAAGACUACGACUCAAAGGAAGAACACCUCUAACAACAUUGACCCUUACGUUGGAGGAUCUGUCGGUAAACCUCAAGGCUCCCCGUCAGCGAUAGUCUGGACGUUCUUCAUCAUCGGCUGGCUGAUCGCCUUCGUCUUAGUCCUCUUCCUCGUCUACAUCUACUUCACCAAGAGAUGCAAGGGUAACUAUCAGCCCACAGACACAGAAGAUUCCGUCUUCGGCUCAAAUUAUAAACCAUCGCCCCAUAUCGUCCAGACGGUCGUCCCUUCAGAGAACGGAAAGCCACCCCUUAUGACCCCGCUGCACCAGUCACCAAUCAAAGCUAUGCCAAGCAACGGUAGCCUUCCGCAGUCACGCACCAACUCGCUGACUCCCAGCGUAGAGCCACCGUACAGCGCCCCCAAUGGGAGGAACUCCAGUGGGUCGUACCGGCCCAAUGGCUCCUUUACGUACGGUAUGGAUACUUCUUACUUAGUGCCUCGGCAGCCAACGACAGACGGUACUCCUAGCGAGCUCGGCCGGCUUCCGAGCGAAUCAGAGAGCAGACCAUCUGCAUCGGGGGCCUCAGAUUCAGAACACUACGGGGACGAUUCAGACAUUUGGCUCAAGAGGUCUGACGGGACAGCAUUUGGUCAAGAGCAUGAAGUCUGAAAAGAAAGGUUCUUUUGCUCAGUUCACCACGCAGCAAUGAGAACAAAAAAGAAAUAAAGGGAUUUGUUUUUUAACGAUGAGCAAGGGACUGCAAUUGAAGAUAUUCUUGUUUUAAAGAAGAGCAAGGGAGUGCAAUUGGAGAUAAUCUUCAAGGCCCUGCAGAAAGUUAACAAGUGAUUGGAGUGGAAGACGUCAAUGCGGUCAGCACCAAGUGCAAUCAUUAAACAAUGUCUUGAACCAUUUAGUGAAUGCUGUUUCUGAACGCCUCCGCGUGGAGCUUUUGACCACUGCUCCUAAUAUGGCAAGAUAAGAAACUUCAGUCUGCGGCACAGUGUACUUAAAUAACAAGUUGUAAGAUGUCUUUGUUGAGAUGGGCCUGCCAUGCUUUACCCACCUAGCAGGAGUGACAAGCUGCUGAAUUGACCGAUGAGAGUGGAAAAUAUCCCCUGUUCUGUUUGUGGAUUGACCACGCAAUGUCUGUUGGAAUGGAUGUACACAAAUGCUUAUUUAUGCACCACUUCCUUAAAAACCUUCUCUGUGUUUGUCCAGUGUAUGUUAACCUGUUUGCCUUAAAGCCACAUCAUUUAUGGUGAAUCCCUGUAAAAGCCACAUCAGCACCAGUGAAUCCUGCAGCACCAUAUUUAGAAGAAGAAAAAAAAAAAAACGCUAUAAAUAAGUCGGCUUUGUCGAUGGACCAAAAUGGAGGACAGAAGAAGCUAACGUUGUGCCUCUGCUUUUAAACAAUCAAAAAUACGCAAACAUUGAUAGAGCAUGUAUAUAUUUGCUGAAUGUGAAAUGUUUCGUCGACCAUGAACUGUAAGAUGGCGGAGGAAAUAAAUUUAUGAAUUAAAAAACUGUGAUUUGGUGAUAGUCUUGUGUGUCAGUAUUACAAUUUAGCCUGACUCUUACCUUGAACUCAUGUCUCAUGUCUGUGUAUUUGGUGUUAGUGUGGUCAGAAUCUAGAAGACGAUAAAGUAUGUUUUUUUUCUUGAUUAAUCAGAAAACUCUUUUUAUUGUAGAGUGAUUGCAGCAAUGUAUUCAUGUAUAUAGGUGAAAAAGUGUAAUGUGGUAGUAGAUGUCUAAAAAUAAACAAAAUAAAGGGGACAUUUUCACAAUGAAUUCUUUUCAGAGUCACCCGUGGAGGUAAUUAAACAUAAUUUAGGAUGUUGUAAACUUGGUAUCUUCAGGCAUGACAUUUUGUCUAACCCUAAUACAACCUCCAAAAUUCUGUUCAUGAAGUUGGACGCGGUUGCAAAGGACCGAGGCUUGUAGGUCGAUAGAAAAUUUGGGGUAUUGGAAAUUUGGUCCCUGUAUAGGCCAACAUUCUUUCUAACCCUUUCAAAUUCGCGUAAAUCUUCUUCAUGAAGUUUGAGGGUGGCGGAGGACUAACGACUGUAAGCCCAAAGAAACAUUUGGAUCAUGGAAAGUUGGUACAUGCAGGCAUGCAUUCUUCCUAACUCUUCCAAAUCAAUAUUCUUUAUGAAGUUGGUGGGUUGCAGAGGAUUGAGGACUGUCCGCGCAACUAACACAUUGGCUAAUUACUAGGCCAGGCAUACCAAUCUUAUCCAAGUCCAAACAUGUUGGUGUGAAGAAAAGAGGAUAGUUUGAGGUUUGAAGUCGGGGAGUAAGGAUUCAUCUGAUUUCAAUUUUUCUUGCCCCCCCCCAAAAAAAAAAAAAAA